AUGAACUCUGACAUCGUGGCUACCCUCUCCCUACUCAUCAACUCCAGGUCUGACGCCAUUGGGAAAAGGGUUGGCGCGAACACCAUGGUUAUCGAAGGCUUGAAAAAGACUGUGGAGUUUGCAUGUGGUGAAAUCGAGGAUGUGAAAACGAGAGUGGCAAAAGUUGAAAAAGGUGUGGAAAAGGUGGAUAAGAAUAACAAUGUCUACCAUAGACGUCUCACUGAUCUGGAACAAUACACAAGAAGAUGGAACCUGAGACUCUACGGCUUGCCAGAGGUGGAGAAUGAAGAUGUGCGAGGAGAGGCCAUCCGCAUCUGCCAAGAAGUUAUGCCUGCAGAGAAGAACAAAGUUGGUGAUACCAUCGACGUUGUGCAUCGCCUCGGCAAGAAGCAACAGCAAAACGAUUCAAGACCAACGGGUAUCAUCAUCCUCUUCACUGCCAGAUUCUACAGGGAUGCUGUCUGGAAAGCUGCUAGGAAGAACGCCUUCCUUCAGAGCCAUGAGCUGGGUGGUCCUAACCAGCUAAAUGUGUCCAUGGGGCUCCAGGCCCUACAGCAGUCUCUCCAGCCCCUGUCGGAAUGCUACCCAUCCAUGGGUCGACCUCCAGUCAGCCACGCCCUCACCAUGCUGCAUCUCUCCCUCACAGAUGUGAAGGUCCCCGACAAAUCAGAGACCAAGCGCUACAGUGAGAUCUUCCGGGACUUCGAUAAUUUUGAACUCUCUUUGGUCAACUCCACUGUGGAGGAGAUGUUUCUAGACCCUGACUCCCAGUCAAUCGCUGAGACCGUCUCUACGGAAACCACCGACAACACUGAGCUGGAUCACGUGACGUGUGAGGAUGUCUACCCCGCAGAUUGUGAUGACAAAGAUGGAGGUCUAUCAGGGAGGCGUGGAGCUGGCCUGCAGUAUGCCGAAGAUGUGGUGCCGGCUAGCGCCAAAGGCCUGCUGGCCUGGAUGGAAAAGAGAAUCAGCCUGGAGCAAGAGUUUGCCAAGAACAUCAUAAAGGCAGCAGAAACAGCUAAGUCCUGUGUGGCUCAGCAGGACAUGAUGCCUCUGCAGUACAUCUACACCAUGGCCCUGGAGCACGAUGUGAAGACCAGCCAGUCUACUAAACAGACAUCAGAACUGCUGCAGCAACGCUGCUACCAGGCCCUGGCAUCCAAGAAGAAUGAGAUUGAUAAGUGGCGCAGGGAGUUCAAGGAUCAGUGGUCCAGAGAACAGAGGAGGAUGAAUGAGGCGGUGGCGGCUCUGAAGAAGGCUCGUCAGCAGUACCUGCAGCGCAGCGAGGACCUGGAGAAGACCAAGGCUGUGACGGCCAAGGCCGGGGACGAGCUCACAGCGGGAAACAAGACCCUGGACAAGAGGAGGAAGUCACGUGACGACGCACAGUCAAAGGUGAUGGAGGCAGAGAUGCAGUACAGACAGUGUGUGUGUGAGGCCCAUGACCACCAGGACAAGCUGGAGAGCUUGAAGGAGAAAAUCAUAGUUCACACCCGCAAACUCAUCUGCCAGGGGGACACUGUGCUCAAGGAGAUGAACAUGUUCUACUUCCAGCGUCGAAGCGAGACAGCGGUUCCCCUGGGCUACCACAACCUGGAGUUGUACCUGCAGGCCGUGUGA